AUGGAGACACCGGACUCUAAAAGCGGCGCUGCAAACCAACGGCCUCAAUACCACUACUUCUACGGCAGCAUUGACGACCAAUCGCAAGUCAACCGCCGGGAAAACGCAGUGUCCGUCCCAACUGAUCAAGACUCGUUGGUAGGCGAAUCUUUGCUUCCAACCGACAAUGAGCAAGACGAUGAUCGAUCAAAAAUUGCAAAGCAGGACUUUCAGCAAAUUGUCAUGUCCAAUGUCAAUGGCGUACGGCCCAUCGACUCGAGUCGAAGUGAACGGAUGGAGCCCAAAUCCUGCUUGCGAUUCUUCUCGAUAAACAAUUUACGCCGUCAGCAUCCUAUGGGUUAUCUUCUUUUGUCUGUGGGUUCCCUAACAUUGUUGGCUUUCUUGUGCUCGGUUAUUUUCUUUUCAAAAGGCCAGUCGGGGAGAGUGAUAAGAACACCCAAGGAAGAGUUGAGCUUUCGCAUGCCGUUUCCUUGGGUGGAUCGGGCACAGUACGGCGACCCAGUCUCUAAAGUUCUGGACAAAGACCUUUUUCAUCCGAGUCUCGUAUACAAAGGAAAGGAUCCCUCCCGAGUUUUUAUCUUUCCCUUUCCAACCGGCGCAUUUUGGACGAAUUUAGUGUUGCCUACGACCGCGGAUCGCGGCUUGUCGUAUCCAAUUGUUGUCUACCCGUACGCGUAUAAAUGGUCCAAGGAGCUGUUACAAGUGUCUUAUCCAGCAAGUCAUCGACGAGAAUUACCUAAGGAGAUUCACGAUGACUUUUUCCCUGACCUUACUUUCGCCAGUGUUGAAUCUACCAGUCAGCGCCAUAUCACGGCCUUUGAUCCGUUGAGUGUGACAGUGCAAUACUCUACUAUGAAUGGAGGUACUUGGGAAUCAUAUCUUGUUCAAGGUAGUCCGUAUGUUACCCUCAGAUAUGAUAAUGUGACACCAAAAAUUCGGGCACUUUCCAUUUUCAAGACAUCGAGCGCAUUCAAAGGUGUUAUCCGGCUCGCCUAUAUUCCUCCGUCAGUUUCCAAACCAUCCAACAAUGUAAUUGAUGUAACAAAGUCAACUGGUCUGCAGCGUUUGAUAUAUCAUGCUGGAGUAUACCCUAUUUCGGGGGAAGUGAGCUGGUCGUUUCGGACGUCGGCGCAUAAUUCUGCAUUGUCAGCUGCCACCAAGUCGUUAAAUUUCUUGUCGGGAGCAAAAGGAACAAACGCCGCUUCGGAGUCAGCUGUGAAAUCCGUUCUGUCGUCUUCUUCCUCUCCUGGUUGCAUUGGUACAAUACAAUUUGACUUUGGAGUGAAAGCCUUUGCUCCCGCAACCAGCGCAAGCGCAGCCGAUUCGUUACUGAUGCUAGCUCUGCCUCAUCAUGCGCAGAGUCUUCUUUCAAGCGUGCAACUUCCUGAUGAAACGUUUGAUCUUGCUUACAAGUGUAUUAAAGGCACUAUGACUCCUAUUCUCGGAUCGUCUUGGGUAUACGAUGAAAACCUGCCAUCCCUGGGCUUCGAUGGAGACACGGGAUCGAAUAGCAACAAGGCGUACCUUGAUCUCAACAUUCGAUCCACCCUCAUUGAAAGUCUCGAAAAAGAUAUGAACCUGGCCUUACCAACUCUUACCGAGAAUAUUUACGGAUUCGGCAAGCAAAUCGCUCGUCUGUCACAGCUCGCGCACAUUGCGGACGUGCUCCGGACUGGUGGCGUUGAAGUCGAUGAAAAUACAAAUGUUAUGAACAAUAGCAAGCUCUUUGAAUCGCAAGAGAAAAGGCUAGAUUUGAUCUUCAACGGGACGCUUUCCCUUUUGACAAGUCGCCUACAGCAGUUUUUGACGAGCAACAUUUCUGACUCACUAGUCUACGAUACAAAUUUUGGCGGAAUGGUGAGUGUCGACGGCCUUCGAGAUUCAAACAGGGACUUCGGAAACGGCAGAUACAACGAUCACCAUUUUCAUUACGGCUACAUAUUGUAUGCGUGUGCAGUGUUGGGAAGACUAGAUCGUUCGUUCAUUUUGAAAUACGGAGACAAGGUCGAUGCGACAACUUUUCUUCGCAAACCUUAUCCGCUUUUUGUUCCGUUCAGUAUCUUUUAUGAUAUCGCACAUGAUUCUAAUUCGGCGUCACAGACGGGCAACGGGGCCUUCUUCCCUCUAGCGCGGCAUAAGUCAUGGUUUGACGGUCACUCCUUUGCGUCUGGUCUCUUUCCGUUUGGAAAUGGAAAGUCGCAAGAGAGUUCGAGUGAGGCGGUCAAUGGUUACUACGGAGCAUAUCUUUGGUCGCUAGUUCGGCAUAAAGAAGCGGAAACUCCAAAUGAAAUAAUUCGUUUGCUAAAAAUUACAUGGUCGGAAACCUUGGAAUGCUUGACGUCAUAUGCUCAACUUGGUUCGCUAUUCAGUCGAAAAUAUGUCACUGAGGAGUACACAAACAUACUCAAUGGUCUUGGGGAAGUUGAGAUGGCUUGGAGGGGCUUUGUUGUUGGGGAUCACGCAAUCAUGGACCCUCAGGCGGCCUGGGAGGAAGCGCAAGGAGUCUUCAGCGCUGAACUCGACGCCGGACUCAGCAAAAGCCAAUUGCUGUUCUGGAUAGCAAAUCGUAAAGGAUUUUCGCCGUCUAUGAUUACAUUAUCAGCGGUUGAGAAAAAAUCUGAAGCAUCAACUAUUGUGCAUGAUCGUUUUAUAAAGUAUUCCUCUUGCCUGAACUAUGAUUCAUGCCGCAAUGGUGGACUUAGUGGUAAUUGUUGUCCAACAGACGAUGGGUUGAUUCUCGAUUGCUGUAAUAUAUGAUAACUUUACAACGAAGGAGUGGGAGCCAACAGAAGUUUAGAUCUCGGAAAAGUGAUGAAAGGGAUUAACAGUUAGAUUAACUUCUUAUCAAUGUAGAUUCUAUUGGAACCGCUAUCUGCACAUAAUUCGAGAAAAAAGUCUUUUUCUGCAUGUCUGGGGAGACUUUUCAAAGUUCGACGAUGUUUGAGAGAUCAGCCCUGAAGCUUGCCUGGCGAGGAUUCAAGAUAGUUACCGGCAGCAUCAGGGAGGAAGGGUCCGGGCUUCAUGGGAGAUUCUUCUGAAGACGAACAUUGAAGCCCAACUGAAGGGUUACUAUUGUUGAGCACCGGUGCAUCAGCAAGCACAUCGCCUACUUCGGUGAAUCCAGUAGAUCGGUCAACUUUGAUUGCUGGAGAAAAUGAUUCUACGUCUAUUUCUCCUUCGUCUUCUUCAGUAUUUUUAUUUUUCUGGACGCUGCCGUCUCCACAAAGCGUAGCACUCCACGCAAUUCCAUCGGCCCUGGCUUGUUGCAGCUCUUUCACAGACUCAGAACUCCAUGUAAACCCUGAUUCUGAGGAUUUCUCUCUUAUUUUGUUGAGUAAAUUUGACGUUAAUCGAAUCCCAACACUUACAUUGUACGCAUACACGGCAAUGAUUUUCCACUGACGAGUCCACCCGAAAUCAUCUCGUCGAUGAUCGCGUCGUUGUCUGCAAAGACUGACGACAAACCAAC